CUUUCUCCUCAAAACCCUAACGACCAGUGAAAAAAAUAGCAAUGAAUUCCACCUGGUGAAACUCCGACUGCAAAUUAUUUGACCAGUCCGCCUCGCCUUCUCUUCCACCAAUCACCAUCUCUCUCUUUCCAUCCUCCGUUUCCCCUGUACAAAAACGACGGACCUAAAUUCAGAUUGCCUUUCAGAUUACUAGAAGAAACUGAUUGAUUCAUCCCUGUUCUCCCCGCAUUCACCCUUUCCCUGCACCAAAGUUUCCAUUUUUUUCCUCAAGGAAAGCUCGUUAAUGGGGUACACCCCCGUCCAAUACCUCGCCGAUGCGGCGUCCGGGAAUUCCUCGGAAACCCCUCUUGUCUGCUACGCCGCCACCAUGAUGUCCCUGAACGGAAUGCUUCAGGAUGAGAAUCCCCUGGACUUCACCUUCCCCAUCUUCCUCUUCCAGCUCCUUGUAAUUCUGCUAACCAGUCGCAUCACCGCCAUGAUUCUCAGACCGCUUCGCCAGCCCCGAUACAUCUCCGAGAUCCUGGGAGGCUUCAUUCUCGGCCCCACGUUGAUGGGAAGACUUCCUGCCUUCGCCCUCACCAUCUUCCCUUUCCGCAGCCUGCUAGUCAUCGAUUCCAUGUCCUCCAUCGGCCUCGUCUUCUUCAUGUUCAUUGUGGGCGUCGAGAUCGACCCCGACGUCGUCCGCCGCGUCGUUCGCCGGUCUAUUUUUGUCACCUGCGCCGCCCUCAUCGGCCCUGUCCUAAUCGGCAUACUAGCCGGCCUCAUGCUCCAUGGUCGAAUCCAGGACGGCACCAACCGCGGCGCGUUCGCCACGUUCUUCUGUAGCAUCCUUUGCGUCACCUCCUUCUCCGUUCUCGCCAGAAUUCUCGCCGAUCUAAAACUGAUGGCUUCCGAUAUUGGCCGGCUCGUGCUCUCAUCGGCGAUGAUCAUGAACGGGGUGGCGUGGGUGCUCAUGAUAUUUUCCACCGCGCUGGCUCAGAGCAAAGGAAAGGCGCUGUCGGCGAUAUGGGCGGUGGUCUCCGGCGGUUUGUUUAGCGUUGCAGUAUACAUGGCUAUGAGACGGGCUGCUAGGUGGGUGCAAAAGAGGACGCCGGAAGGGGAGGAGGUAGCGGAGCUUCACCUGUGCGUGAUAUUGGUGGGGGUGAUGGUGGCGGCGUUUGCGGCGGAUACUAUUGGGACGCAUGCUAUCUUUGGGGCGUUUGUGUAUGGGUUGGCCGUGCCAAAUGGGCCGCUUGGUGAGCUCCUUAUUGACAAAAUUGGAGCUUUUAUUGAAGGGUUGCUGCUGCCACUUUUCUUUGCCAUUAGUGGAUUCAGGACUAAUUUGUUUAGCAUUGUGGAUGCCGGCGCGGCUUGGUUGCUGCUGAUAGUGGUGUUGGCGGCGAUGAUGACGAAGGUCGCCGGCUCCAUGCUCGCAUCGUUUUACAUGGAGAGGCCUUUCCGCGACGGGAUAUCACUGGGAUUACUUCUGAACACCAAAGGGGUUAUUGAGCUCAUCAUGCUCAACAUUGGUUGGGACAAGCGGGUGCUGCGCGAUCAGACAUUCACAAUCCUAGUAAUAAUCUCCGUCGUAACCACCACCAUGAUCAGUCCGCUGGUGAAGGUAGCCGCGAAGCCCUCCCGUCGCUUCGUCGCGUACAAGCGCCGCACCAUCCGCUGGUGGAACCCAGAGUCUGAACUCCGCAUGCUUGUCUGCGCCCACUCCUCCCGCGAGGUCCCCUCCCUCAUUUCCCUUCUCGACAUCUCCCACCCCACCAAGCGCUCUCCUUUCUUCCUCUACUCUCUCUAUCUCGUCGAGCUCACCGGCCGCGCAUCCACUCUUUUUGUCGUCAACACCAACUCCUCCGCCUCCUCCUCCUCCACCACCCUCGACUCCCAUCGCGCAGCCCCCAAUGCCGGCGGCGGCUUCAUCCGCCACCAAACCGAAUCCGAGCACAUCUCCCACGCUUUCGAAUCAUACGAGCAACAUGCCGGCGGAGUCUCUGUUCAGUCCCUGACAGCAUUCUCCCAAUACUCCUCCAUGCACGAAGAUAUCAUCGCCCUCUCUGAAGACAAGCAUUGCGCCCUUAUUCUGCUCCCUUUCCACAAGCACCAGACCAUCGAUGGUACCAUGGAGGUAACCCACCCAGCCAUCCGUACCCUAAACCAGAACGUCCUCGCUGGCGCCUCCUGCUCUGUCGGCAUCCUCAUUGACCGAAGCCUCGCCGGCACAGGUGCCCGUGCGCAGCGCUACAACGUUGCACUCGUUUUCAUUGGCGGCCCCGAUGACCGAGAGGCCCUCGCCUACGCCGACCGCCUCGCUACCCAUCCGGGCGUGGCGCUCACAGUGGUGCGCUUCCUUCCCUGCAUCGGCUCCCCCCCGCCGGUGGUGGAUGUGGCUGGAGAGAAUGAUGACGAAUGCUUGGCGCAGUUUCAAGCGGGUGGUGGUGGAGAGGCGGAGUAUGUGGAGAGGAUGGUGGGGAAUGCGGAGGAAACGGUGGCAAUGUUGAGGGAAAUGGAGGGGCGUUAUGAUUUGUAUAUUGUUGGGAUUGGAAAAGGUAUGUCGUCGCCGUUUACGGCGGGUUUGAAGGACUGGAGUGAGUGUGAGGAGCUUGGGCCGAUUGGGGAUUUGCUGGCCUCGCCGGAUUUCGGGUCGAGGUCGUCGGUGUUGGUGCUACAGAGUGGGAAGUAUGGGGAAGAAUCAGGAGAGGAUAUAAACGGCGGCACGGUGGCGGUGUCGAUGACGGCAAACCCGGGACGGUAGGCUUUGGUCCUUGGGCGAUUAUUGCGGAACGUAAAUUUAUGUGAGGUGAUCGAUGAAGGCCACUAAAAUACAUCUUUUUUAUUCUUCUUAUUAUUAGAAUGAGACCCACUUUAAUUUUUGUUCCAUCGGUUCAAAUCAACACACUUAAAAUUUACACGUCGGUACGCAAAAUGUUCGUGUGGGGAGCUUCGGCAAGUUAAGUAGAUGAGCUUGGGGAUGAGUCCUUCAUAAAAUUUUUAGUGCAGAUGUCAUUUUACUUCCUGCUAUUGUGUUGCUGGUUCCAGUGCU